AUGUCUGACAGAGAGCAUUUUUUGUCUGGUGGUCCAAAUAAUCACCCGGCAUGCCACAGAACAGCUAAAUCACAGGUGGACCCUCAGUCUGUGGAAAACUUCAGGAGAAAACUGAAAUAUUUCUUCAUGAGUCCAUGCCAGAAGUACAGAGCCAGAGGUCGUAAGCCGUGGAAAAUGAUGCUGCAGAUACUCAAGAUUGUCAUAAUUACCUUCCAGUUAGUUUCUUUUGGGUUGAGCAAUGAGAUGAUGGUCACCUUCAAAGAGGAAAAUAUCAUCGCCUUCAAACAUCUUUUCCUGAAAAAUUACCAGGACAGAAAUCAAGAUUAUGCCUUGUACACAAGACACGAGGUUCAUGACCACAUCCUGUACAUAAUCAAUAGGUAUCUACAGCUACAAAACCUGACUGUUGAUAAUCAUGCGUUUGAGAGGAUUGAUGACGUGUUCACUCCUCUGUCCAUCUGUCAAGACUUAUAUCGACAUGCUAACGUUUUACCAGCCAAUGAGACUUUUGAUAUUGAUCCACAUGUAGAGACAGCAGAACUUCACUAUCAGCUCAUCGUUCUGUUCGACUGUGUGGUGAUCUGCUCCUGUUUGCUCUCGCUCAUCCUCUGCACACGCUCAGUCUACAACGGCAUGCUCUUGCAGUUUGAGUACACCACAUUCUCAUCCAUUUACCUCAAUAAAAGAGUUUGCUGGUCUGAGAGAAUGGAGUUCAUCAACGGCUGGUACAUUCUCAUCAUCAUCAGUGACACGCUGACUAUUGUAGGAUCAGCUCUCAAAAUAUGCAUACAGAGCAAGGAACUGACAAGUUAUGAUGUGUGCAGUAUUUUACUGGGCACAGCAACAAUGCUUGUGUGGAUUGGAGUAAUGCAUUACCUGAGGUUCUUUCAGAAAUAUUAUAUCCUCAUCCUCACUCUGCAGGCUGCACUUCCUAACGUCAUUCGAUUCUCCUUCUGCGCUGUUAUGAUCUUUCUUAGCUACUGCUUCUGCGGAUGGAUCGUUUUGGGGCCACACCAUGAAAACUUUCGGUCAUUUAAUAUGGUAGCGAACUGCCUUUUUUCCAUGAUUAAUGGGGAUGAAAUCUACUCAACCUUUACCAAAAUCCGAGACAAGAAUGAUCUGGUGUGGAUGUUCAGCAGAAUGUAUAUCUACACCUUCGUCCCACUCUUUACAUUCAUGAUUCUGAGCCUCUUCAUUGCCCUUAUCACAGACACCUAUGAAACCAUCAAGCACUAUCAGAAGCAUGGAGCGCCGCUAUCAGAGCUGCAGGCUUUCAUAGCUGAAUGCAAAGACCCACCGAAGUCGGGGAAGAACAUUGUGGAUGAGGAAUCCUCCACCUUCUGGUGCCUUUGUGCUCCUUGUGUGAACUGCACCUGAAACAGAUGAGAAAACUGCAUUGC